CGCGAGAAUUUGAAUUUCGGUCGCGACGAGACAAUCAUCGGCCAACUGCGAGCUCCAGCACUUCCCGUUGACAGGCCUCUGUAGCUCUUGCACAACAGACCAAGGCUCAGAAGGAUGUGUGGUGGUCACAGGACGCCGAGUCAGCUCGGUCGUGCUCUCAGCAGUGCAACACUGGUAGAGAACGGUACACGCGAUGCAACCUCCCUCGAAGAAGAGAGCGAGCCCUCGUCGCGUGAAGACCCAUACUAUGAUUUCCACACAGAACGCAAACACUUUGAUGAAGCGGCGAAGCUAGCGACACAUGCAUCUCCGUCGCUCAGUGCCUUGUCGGGAAGUUUGUCGGGUAGUUUCCAUGCUGCUCCUGGUGCGGCAUUCUCACUCCUGCCAGGUCAAUUUGAUGCGCCGAAACGGGCUUCGCUUGUUGGUGAAGCUUCGUUCCAAGCAGAUGGUGAGAAUGUGCAAGGUGACAUGGUUCAGGUAAUGGCGACGCCGUUAUUUCCAAUGCCGCAUAAUCACAAUGGCGUCGAUGCCGGGUGGAGUUUAAACACAGAUGCAAUGGAGGAAGAGAUUCUACCGGAAUUGAAGGCUAUCUAUACGUCUUUGAGGAAAUGCAUUGAACUGCGUCACAAGUAUCUGGGCAAGUCUUUGCAACGCGAAGGCGAUAAUCCCAAGGAUGAUGAUGCCUCGUGGGAGGUGUAUCCACCCUUGCCGCCACCAGCUUGGCAACCAGAGAGUAUCGACGGCAAGCCACAGGCUUUCGUCAAACCAGCCAUGGAAGGUCCGCCUGGCGAAAACUUUCAAUUCGACCGAUGCAAGAUUCCAGAGCGCGAAGAGCUCAAUUUCGAUAUGGAUGCGAGCGGCGUCUACCAAGUCCUAGAUGAGCGAGGCACGCCCCUUGUGGAUGUGCCCACGCUCAAGGACUACUACGUUGAUCUAGAGGCUGUACAUGAUGCGAGCUCUGAAGGCCCAGCCAAGUCAUUUGCUUUCAGGCGCCUUCAAUACCUCGAGGUCAAAUGGAACAGCUACACGUUGCUCAAUGAGUUUCAAGAACUCGCCGAUACAAAGCGUGUGCCACAUCGCGACUUUUACAAUGUCCGAAAAGUGGACACCCACGUCCAUCACUCGGCAUGCAUGAACCAAAAGCAUUUGCUGCGCUUCAUCAAGGCGAAAUUGAAGAAGGCGCCAGAUGAGGUGGUCAUCUUCAGAGAUGGCAAGUACCUGACGCUGCAAGAAGUAUUCGAGUCUCUCAAUUUGACCUCAUACGAUUUAAGCAUUGACACGCUUGAUAUGCAUGCACACAAGGACUCCUUCCAUCGCUUCGACAAGUUCAAUCUGAAGUACAACCCAAUCGGGGAAUCUCGUCUCCGAACAGUCUUUCUCAAGACGGACAACGACAUCCAGGGUCGCUACUUGGCGGACAUCACACGCGAAGUCUUUACUGAUCUCGAACAAAGCAAAUACCAAAUGGCAGAAUACAGAAUCUCAAUUUAUGGUCGCAGUGAAGGCGAGUGGGACAAGCUUGCCGCUUGGGUCAUUGACAACAAGCUCUACUCGCACAAUGUCCGCUGGCUAAUUCAGAUUCCAAGACUCUACAAUCUCUACAAGGAGACCCACGUCGUCGACAAUUUUGCAGAUGUCAUACGAAACAUCUUCAAGCCGCUGUUUGAAGUAACGCAAGACCCAUCCAGUCACCCGAAACUGCAUGUCUUCCUGCAGCGCGUUAUUGGAUUCGACUCUGUGGACGACGAGAGCAAGUCUGAACGUCGCCUCUACCGCAAGUUCCCACUCCCUAAACAAUGGGACACUCGGCAGAAUCCGCCAUACUCUUACUGGAUUUACUACAUGUACGCCAAUAUGGCCACACUCAAUGCUUGGCGUCAGCGGAGAAAGUUUAACACUUUUGUCUUGCGUCCACACUGUGGUGAAGCAGGCGACACGGAUCACUUGGCAUCCACCUUCUUGACGAGUCACAGCAUCUCGCAUGGCAUACAGCUUCGCAAAACACCCUUCCUACAAUACCUCUUCUACCUUGACCAGAUUGGUCUGGCCAUGUCACCGCUCAGUAACAAUGCGUUGUUUCUUGCUUAUGACAAGAAUCCGUUUGUCUCCUUCUUCAAGAAAGGUCUGAAUGUCAGCAUCUCGACCGAUGAUCCGCUCAUGUUCCAUUUCACCAAGGAGCCGCUCAUUGAGGAAUACUCCAUCGCGACACAGAUCUAUCGGUUGAGUUCCAUUGACACUUGUGAACUUGCACGCAAUUCUGUCACGCAGUCCGGGUUUGAGCGCGAAGUCAAGAAGCGCUGGUUGGGGAAUGACUUGGAGACCAUUGAAAAGACCAAUGUGCCAUUGCGUCGCACCAACUUCAGGCGCGCAUCCCUCAGAGAGGAGUUGAGCAUGAUUGGGCUGCCAUGAGGUGGACAACUAGGAGGAGAUUUAUAUGAACCUAAUCUAACGCCAUAUUACAUGCCAUAGUAAGCCAUUGGCGCAUGUGCUGUCCGCUCGUUGGUCGGGUAGGUCGAUUGAGUCGAACCAUUGUCGCGACAUGCCAAGUAGGGUUGUAUGUCAUUUGGCCGCAACUUGGCCAAUUCCCCUUGCCGUGCAAGUUGUGUGAUGUUUUCCGGUUUCACGACAAACAGAUUGCCCAGUUCUUGCAGAAGCCUGAAGCGUUGGUCUAGCACUGGUAGACCCCAACCAUGGAUACAGCUUUGGUAGA